AUGGCCAAGCGACCAGCGUGUGAGCAAGUCGACCUUCGACGAACCAAAAGCCGCGAAGAAGCACAUCAGGCUCAGCACCAGCUGAUCGAACACUUUCCCCAUCCCUAUCUAGAAAAUGACAACUCUACCCCCACCUUAUUGGGCUCCAGAAUAGCAGCAGCACAUCAGGUCCGAUCAACAAAGGUGCUCGAACGCAUUUCAUUCGCACGAUCCAAAGGCAUUCGAGACCGAGCGGCGGAGCAGGUUGAGAAACGCCGACAAAAUGAGCGUAGGGCCCAGUCCAGAGCCCGCAAAGACGCAGCCACGCAAGAACGAAAGACACGUCGAGAGGAAGAAGACAGAGCGAAAAGGGAGAAAAGGCAAGAGAGCAGAGACCGAGCGACCCAGAACAAGAAACUCAAGGCAGAAAGAAAAGCACAGGAAAAGCAGGUGCAGGAUUACUACGGUAUACGAGGCUAUGACCCAAGCGCCGGCAUGCUUCGCUCUAAUCGAGAGAGGGCUGCUCAGCGAACUCCUGUCGGUCAAAUACAGACUUCUCAGAACAUUGACGAAGCAUUGAAUUUGAGGCCGCGAAGUAGUCAAACCUGGGGUGUAGAAUAUGGGAAACCGAAAGAGUCAGGGAUUGGACGACACUCUACAUCGUGA